UUGGCGUGACUCCUCCGUGCCAGCAGGUGGCGGUGGUGCACUGGAGACCAGUCAUCGUUCGUUUAAUAAGAAAAAGGGCUUGUUAGCCUACACUUCAGCUUCAGACUGGCAGGUAUUGUUUUUAGAAACGAUGGAUCAGAAGAUUCCCUAUGAUGACUAUCAGCUCCCAGUGGUAUUCCUGCCUUCUUAUGAGAACCCACCAGCAUGGAUAGCCCCACAGGAGCGGGUUCUUCACCCUGACUACAACAAUGAGCUCAUCCAGUUCCUGCCUCGUACCAUUGUAUUGAAGAAACCUCCAGGAGCACAGCUGGGCUUCAACAUCCGUGGGGGCAAGGCGUCACAGUUGGGAAUCUUUAUAUCCAAGGUGGUUCCAGACUCAGAUGCCCACAGAGCAGGGCUGCAAGAGGGAGACCAGGUUCUUUCUGUGAAUGAGGUUGAUUUCCAAGACAUUGAGCACUCAAGAGCUGUAGAGAUUCUGAAGACUGCGCGAGAGAUACUGAUGAGGGUUCGCUUCUUUCCUUACAACUACCAACGGCAGAAGGAGAGGACUGUACAUUAGGUGGCAGCAAUGAGAGAGUUGGACAGCCGCGUCACUGCACGUCAUUUCCCCUCCUCCUACAGACUCUGGCUUCCUUCUGUCUCAGCUUCAAGAUAACUGAUGUAUGACUCAGCCUCAUUCUCCAUGCUCCAUGUAAGAACAAUAUACUCUGUUAAAUAUUGGUUUCCUCUCUCA